AUGCUGGAUAAUACAACUACUACCAGUUAUUUCGGUACCUUUGACGUCGCCAAUGACCCCAAGAUAGGGUACCCUUCGACAAAUAGUAGUUUUUACACUUUUAUUGAUAGCGAGAGUUUUGGACAAGGUGGUGCGGUGCUACCUUCAAAUGUACAAUACACCAUCUCAAAAUUAUUGGUUGUGCAUGUUUAUGAGAAUGCCCAACGUCUACGGAAAGAAGCGCAUGAAUUUGACAAUGCUGAUGAAGUCUUUAACGGCAAUAACGGUAAUGUCAAUAACAACAUUAACAGCAAUGAAAACAGCAAUGAAAACAGCAAUGAAAACAGCAAAGAUAGCAAUAGCAAUAGCAACGACGAUAACGACGAUAACGCCAAAGACAUUGAGAAUGAAGAUGCCCCUUCAAGGAAGAAACGAGAUUUAACACCGUACAUGAACAUGAUGUUGAUAUUAACAAUUUUCUCCGUCCUAACCACCCUUUUGGCAUUCUUAAUUGAUAUACUACUUUUCACUCCAAAUCUUACCUACCUUGGGUGGAUUCAAUUGAUACCAAUUGUUUCAAUGGCAUUAACAACCUCCAUGCUUUGCUUCAUAAAAAGAUCAAUAUCCAACAGGAAAUUCUUUGAAAGCUACGACAACCAGUACGACAAUGAUGAAAUGAAGCUAUUGAGGAAACGCGGUGUAGACCAUUCCUGGAAUGACGAUUCCAGUGAUGACGGAUUUGUCGUUUAUACAGAUGGUUUCUAUACUAGAAAAGAAGGAGACGUGAGCCAUGAAAGAAUUUUUUCAGCAAACUUCCCGGGUAGCCGAGAGGCACAGAGAAAUGCCCAUACUCAUGAAGAUAGUAGUUAUGUGUCUUCCGUUGAUUCCAAUCCCUUUUCAAUGGAAAUGGAAAACUUACGAUGA